AUGCAGUGGAAUGGGGUGAGAAGAGCCCAUUCUAUAUGGUGCAAGAGUUUAACAAACAACACUCAUUUGCAUAUUCCAGUCUCACACGUUGUUGCCACCAUGUCGAGUUUGGAGGAGCCUCUAGCCUUUGACAAGUUGUCAAGCAUGAGCUCCAUCGGUAGGAUUCAGAGAUUUUCGUCUGGUGCUUGCCGGCCUCGGGAUGAUAUCGGCAUGGGGCACCACUGGAUUGAGGGAAGAGAUUGCAGCACCUCAAACAGUUGCAAUGAUGAUGAUAAAGAGUCCUUUCCGUGGAGAAGGCAUACUCGGAAGAUAUCUGAAGGAGAGCAUUUACUUCGGAAUUUCUCAACUUUGUUAGGAAGGAGUUGUGCAGCUUCUGGGACUUUGUGGGAGUCGAAAAGUUUUCAGGAGCAUAAGUAUCAUACAUGUAGCAAUGAGAAUGGUGUACCGCAUUCGAGCAACAAGUUCGUUAGAGGUAUACCAAAGUUUGUGAAGAUUGUAGAAGUUGGUCCAAGGGAUGGUCUGCAGAAUGAGAAAAAUAUAGUACCCACAUCUGUGAAAGUGGAACUGAUUCAGAGAUUAGUUUCUGCUGGAUUGCCCGUUGUCGAGGCUACAAGUUUUGUAUCACCCAAAUGGGUUCCUCAGCUUGCAGAUGCAAAGGAUGUAAUGGGUGCCGUAAGUACUCUAGAUGGUGCUCGAUUGCCGGUUCUGACACCGAAUGUAAAAGGCUUUGAAGCGGCUAUCUCUGCGGGUGCUAAGGAAGUUGCAAUCUUUGCAUCGGCUUCUGAGUCAUUCUCCUUGUCAAAUAUCAACUGUACCAUCGAAGAGAGUCUCUCGAGAUUCCGUGCUGUUACCACUGCUGCGAAAGAGCAUUCUAUUCCUGUCCGUGGGUAUGUAUCUUGCGUUGUGGGGUGUCCAAAGGAAGGACCCGUUCCACCUUCGAAAGUGGCUUAUGUUGUGAAAGAACUCUAUGAAAUGGGCUGCUUCGAGAUUUCUCUGGGUGAUACAAUUGGAAUCGGCACUCCUGGUACUGUGGUUCCAAUGCUUGAAGCCGUGAUGGCAGUUGUGCCGGCGGAGAAGCUAGCUGUUCACUUCCACGACACUUACGGGCAAGCUCUUGCAAACAUAUUGGUUUCUCUCCAAAUGGGAAUAAACAUAGUAGACUCAUCGAUCGCCGGUUUAGGUGGUUGCCCUUAUGCGAAAGGAGCUUCGGGAAAUGUAGCCACGGAAGAUGUGGUUUACAUGUUGAACGGUUUAGGUGUCCAAACCAAUGUCGAUUUGGGAAAGCUCAUUGCUGCUGGAGAUUUCAUCAGCAAGCAUCUCGGCCGUCCAAACGGUUCCAAGGCUGCUGUUGCCCUCAACCGUCGGAUCAUAGCUGAUGCUUCCAAGAUAUGA